AUGACAAACCCACAAGACAAUCCUAGAACCCCUCCACAGCCCACUCUCUCUGAUUCAUCUACCCCUCCUCCACCCAUAGCAUCUGGGGCUCUCAAGAGGAAAUUAAAUGAGAAAUUGAAGGCAAGCCAGGUCCAAGACUCUGACUCCAACUCUGAUUCUGAGUCAUACAAAUCUGCUAGUGAGGGGGAAGGACCUGGGUCUUCUCACUCUGAAAAGUCUAAAAAAUUCCCUUCCAAGGCUUCAUCCCCAACACCUACUGACACUUCCUUUCCAAAGGGAAGAGCCACAAGAAGUAGGGUUAAACAGAGUGAGAAUGAUCUACAAAAGGCCUUAGCUGAAAGUAAGAAGAAAAGAAUGGAUAAAGGAAAAGGGAAGGUUGCAGAGUCCUCAGAGGCUAUUGAAGUUGAGGAGAUGGAACAGGUCCAUCAAGAAAAGGUUACAACAGAGGAGGUUCAGACCCCCAAGCCCAAAAGGCCAAAGAUUUCUUCCAAGAAGUCUUCUUCUGUGUCUGCAGCUGCUGAACCUUCAUUAGCCAAGAGGACAAGGUCUGCAGUGAAAAGUAAACAAGUAAGACUCUCUGAAGAUGAGGAACGGAGUGGAGAAGAAGAAGAAGAUGAGUCUGAUGGUGAUCAAGACAAGCUUGCCAUGUUUGGCAAAAGAAAAUUUUUGAAGGGUAGAUUCCUGAAAGACCUGGUGGAACCAGGAAUGAUAAGACUGGUAGAUGCCUUGGCUGCUCAGAGGUGGAAGGACAUG